CUCUAAGUGGCGACUGUUUUGGUCGCCAAAUGCGACCAAAUCUGCAACUUGGCGAGCAGAUCAUAGAAGUAAGUCGCCAAUCGCGACCAACCGUCACAUGAGCCAGUGGCGCCGUCCGUUUUUUUUGCUCAAUGGGCGUUGGCGACACGAGGGAAUACGAUCUUACAUGUGUAUAGCCAACCCGAACGUUUCCGCAUCCUGCUCGUGCACUAAUAGCAGUGGUAUAUCCGAGCCACAUCCGGGUCACUGGUGGCAACGGCACGUGUAGUGUACAAUAAUGAAGCGCGUACGAGGGAUAGAAGACUUCUUCAACAGCAGUUCAAGAUCAAAGCAGCCGCGUGAUGAAACAGAGGAGCACCAAGACAGACCACAAUCUCCUAGCGGUACGUCCCCCGUCCGAGUCAUGAUCAACAGCGAGCCAUUGGAGCGUGCUAGCGAUACAUGCAGUGAAAGUGUGCCUGAAUCCAGCAGACAGACGAAAAGAAACUUUCAGCCGAGGUGGCUGAACGAGUUCUCUUGGUUGCGUUAUGAGAACGGCGCUAUGACGUGCUCUUACUGCAGUGCCUUUCCUGCCAAAGCAGGAAGCACAGAAUUUGCGAAGGGCUGCGUGACAACCUUUAAACGAGAAACAGUAACUGCCCAUGGUAAAAGCAAGAGGCAUAUUAGUUGCAGAGACUCUGCCCUUGGGAUGAAAAGAGGAGCAACGAUACAGGUAGGGUUUGAAACUCAAGAAGCCGUCAGUGACGGUAGGGAGAUGGUAGAUCUGCUGGGAAAGAUCAACACAGCGUACGCAAUAGCUAAGGAGGAACUGCCAUUUACAAAGUUUCGUCCUCUGUUGGACUUGCAACGGAAGAACGGUUUGGAAUUGAGCCAAAGGUAUGCGUGGGAGUGGCUGGCGAGUAAAAUUUCUAAUUGGCGACCAAAAGUUUAGGCCUGGUCGCCAAUGGCCAGCAGCGGAAAAUGCAAGCUUAGAGGCCUGCAAGGCCCUCUUCUCCAGACAUGCAAGAGGGCCUGGGUACAAGGCUAAGGCCGUUUGCAGAGCUGUAGGGCUCUGGCCGUUCGGUACACUUACACGUUCGGUUAUUACAAACUGGGUGUUCAGAUACGUGACAUCCUACUGUAAUACUUCAUACACAAUUGCUUUCAAAGGACU